AUGUGCGCACCGUCACUCGAUGGCGACCGAAUCGUCCGUACGCAAGAGAAUAUCGCUCCCGAAGACUUUCACCUUGCAGUGUGUGACGAGUCCCAUCGCUACAUGCACAACGACUCCGAUGUGGGACAGAUGCUUGAAGGCAAAAUCGCAGCACGUCGGCGGCUCCUGCUGUCAGACGAGUCGCAGUCCUCAGCCAUUAGCCACAGCUAUCCGGAGAUGCAAAGGGUCAAGCUGACCGAGGUGGUGCGCAGCACGAAGCGCAUAGUGGCCGGAGCAGCCUCGUUCCAGCUGCACACUGACAACGGGGAGACAGUGACGUCUUUGGGGACAGAAGGCCCGCCGCUGAAAACCUUCCUGUUUGAAGUCGAAGAUCAGGGAAAGAAGUUUCAGACGUAUGCAAUGAAGAUCGUGAAGGCCGUGGUGUAUAUCGAGCAUCUCUUCCCCGCAGUGUCACUACACCGCCGAGUCGCAAUACUAACACCCAAUAUGGGCUUUCUGGACCAACUGCGUCCGAUUCUGCAGAAGAGCCUGAACGAGCAGCUAUCGCAUCGCUCCUUCCGCCUGGAGUCGUUCGAAGAGUCCCUUUCAUGCCUCCCAGAAAGAAUUCUCGGACGGAGCCCACAGCAGACAAAGCAUGAAAGCCUCAUCGUGGAUGCUAUGGAGCAGGCGGACGGUCUAGAACAGAUGAUUGUGGUGUGUGCAGGCUUGGACUCGGCCAUCCGGAGCUCAACAGAGGACUUGCAAACUCGGUCGCUGCUCUAUCGGGGCAUCACUCGAGCGCAGCUUCUCGCCGUGGUGGUCAACGAGCACGUGCUUGGCGGCUGGUUGGAGUUCCUCGGCAGCGUGAAGUACCAGGAUGCGGAGCUGUCGGAUCGGGAGGCCGACUCCCCGAAGGUGGCGGAAGCCGCGAAGAAGAGGCACCAAGCCGCCCUGGCCCAGGCCACAGCGACGGCACACCCCAGCCCACAGGAUCAAACAGCAGCGCCACAGAAGCAGAGCAGGCUCGAGGCAGCCCAGGGCACUUCUUCAAGUGUGAAGCAGUCGGGUGUCUGGAACGCCCUGCAUCGCCUGAACCCUUGGGGCACCUCUGCAUCGCCUCCGAAAGCCUCCAGGCCCAAGCCCAAAGCCGCACCGGUGAAGACGUCGAGUGUCUGGGACACCGACAGCAACAGCAUUCCCGCGCCCACUGAGCUCCUCUUCGACCCUUUGCCCGAGGUCGCCCGGAAGGAAGUGUAUGCCACCUUCGACAAGGAGCACGGCCGGCGACACGACUGGAAAUUCGAUGGCGACGAAGCGGAAGUGAAAGGCUAUGAUGGUUUUAUCAGAUUGCUCGUCAGUGCGGAGACGGCGUCCACGGGAAUCCUGCGCUGGUGCAUCAAGAGCCAGGAAGGCGGCUUUUGCUUGAUCAUCGGCAUCAUCCCUGCGGAGAAAGCGGAAGAGGACCGGGCCCUGGCCGACAGCGGCGGCUACGGCAUCAAGUCCAGAGUGACGAGAAAUGGUGCCCAUCCC